AUGGCCUUGCGCUUAUCCUUUGUAGUGCAAUAUUCCAGGCGUGGCCGCGAACAGCUUUGGUCCUCAGAGCUUCGCUGCAGUGGCAGUAGCGAUGGCCCAGAGGAGGCAGUAGAAAUUCGCAAGGCCUUGGCAGAAGUGACAGGCAUCCCUGCCAGCGCCAUUGGCCUGAAUAUCUUGCCACGUCAGUGUGGUGGCCCGCAAAGCGCCGUGAAGCCGGUCUCCGGGCAAAGUUUACUUUCAUUCCUGGAGCAAAGCUGCCGCGAAGAUCAUGGUGUCUUCCAGCUUCGCGCCUCCUUCGACCAUCCUUCCAGCGAAGACUUCGUGCAAGUGCGUGUGGCAUGUCCUGGAACUGCCCCAGCAAAGGCUGCUGCCAACAGCAGCGAGACGCAGCCACCACCCAUUGUCAUUGAGCAAUUUGAGCUGGAGAACAAUAGCACUGUCGCAGCUUUGAAGGAACUGAUCCAUCAGCGAAGCAAAUUCCCACUGGAGCAGAUGGUGCUGCUCUUGGGCUGUAGGAGGCUUCAGGAUGAGCUGCCCAUCCACCGCGUCAGUGCUGCCGCUGAAGCCUCCACCCCUGCCCUGUUACAGCUCCACCUGGCGGUGCGAGGGGCCAUGGCCUUCCUUAGGCGUGAGGGUCAAGGCCAUCGGCACUCGCAGAUCUCGCAGUUGGAGGAGCCGGGUGAGGUUCUCAAGCUGAUCCUUCCGGAAUGUGUUCCUGGCCGUGAUCGCUUCGAUCGCUUGCCGUUGACUCUGGAGCAAUCUGUCAGCGACCUUCGCUGGGCCGUGCAAUCGGUCAGCGGCCUCUCUCCCGCCAGGAUGAGGCUUUUGCUUGAUGGAGAAACGGACUUGUCUACGGCAGACGAGUCCAGCACCCUCAGCAACCUGGGCUUCGAAGAUGGAUCGACGUUGGUGGUGGAACAAAGUGCUGCUGGUGCUGCCCUGCGUGAUGUGGACAUGCCGGUGGAUAUUCCUGCCACAGGAUGUGCCAAUGCAGUCUAUGAGACAGCUGCAACAAUGCUGGGCCUUCCAGAUUCCUCCAAGCUCUCACUUUUCGCUGGAUCAGAACUGAUUAAUCGCAAUGCCAAUCUCUCACUAGCGCCCAUUGCAGAUGGGGUAAUCCUGUCUGCGUACAUCAAUUCGCCGUUGCAAUUGCCUGUGCAUGUCCUUCAAUCUGGUCUUCCGAGUGAUCUUGGUUUGCCAGGACACGUGGCGGUCCGCAGCUGCGACGCCGUGGCGGAGGUGCGGCAGCGGCUGCUGGGCUCGGCCGCCUCGGAGAUGCGCGCAGAGACUGAGACCUGCUUGGAUGGCAGUUUGGCCUUCGCGGUCGAGAGUGGUGUCUGGGAACGGGAAGGAGGAGACUGUCAGUCCUUGGCAUCUUUGGAGGCACUCCUUGGUCACUUCACCCAGUGUCUCGAUACUGCGCGUCUCUCACGCCUGGGAAUGGCCGAUGGAGGCUGCCACAUGGUCUUCGUGGCACGUCGCAUCUUAUCCGUGGAAGUUCAAGUGCAUCAAGGAGAUGAAUGGAAAUGCAUAUGUCCCUUGCGUGUUCCCAGCACCAUGCGACUGUCGGAGCUUUCUGCCACACUGAUUCGCACUCUUCGACACAGUGGACAACUGGCCGACCUUUCGCUCAGCGAGUUCGCACAGUGUUCUUGGCGCCCUUGGAGCCCAGAAGCCCGUUCUUCCAGCAGCCAGUCCUUCGCUGGAGGAGUAGCUGCAGUCAUCUCAAAGGUGAAGAGGAAGUCCUUAGGCAGCAGUCCAGAGGUGUCUCCCGAGAAGAGGGCGAGGCGCAGCUACUCCAACGUAUCCAACGUUCAGGAUUUGGACGAUGCUAUGUUCUUGGGUGACUUGCUGGCGCAACAUCCCGAACCGCAAAACCGUUACCAGCAGUUCCUGUGUCCCAUCUCGAUGGACAUUAUGCUGGACCCAGUGGUGGUGGGUGGAAGCGGCAACACCUAUGAUCGAAAAUCAAUUGAGAAACAUUUCCAGCACUGUCACAGAGACCCACUGAACAACAUGGAAUUGCGACGUCCAGCGGAUCGAAAACUGAUCCCCAACAAUCAGCUUCGCAGUCAGAUACGAGAAGCAGAAAUCUCUCGAGUGCAGCUUCGGCUGUCAGCACAUUUGGCCGAACAGCGAAGCUUUUCGAGUGACGCUCCGAUGGCGGCGAAGGUUGCGGACUGUGGGCACGCCUUGUCCACAUGGCUGGCCGAUGCAAAACUCCUGGCCGCUUUGGCCGCAGCGCUGAUGACGGUGAAAUGCCAGAAAGAAGACAUGGUGGAAGACAUGGAACUGGUUGACCUGGUCGAGCUGGAGGCGCGCUCGGUGCGGAGCAGCCGCCGAAGAAUGAGAGGGCGGCUGAUGUGGAAAGAAGGCAGUGGCUGGGUGAGAAGCACAGAAAGCUUGACCUGCAGGACGACACCCCUCAAGCCGACACCGGCUGUGUGCCAAGGUGUACCCAGGAAUGCCAGCAGGAUCUUCCUUCGGGAGCUGAACACGCAGCGGUAUUUGUCAGUGGCACAGAACAAUGGCAGCGUUCAAGUCAUCAUGACCCAGCAGCCCGCUUCCUUGUUUGUGACACAUUUGCGAGAGGAGAGAUCCAAAACGCAGUCUACUGGGAGCCAAACCAUGGGAUUUGAGCAUGAGGGCCUACCUGCAUGUGGCUCAUUUUUGAGAGCGCAUGAGAGGUUUCUGGAAAUUUUCACCAGCAGCGUUUGGUGUGAAGUCACCUGCGAGGGCUCAAGGAAGGACGAUUCCAAUGAGUUCAUUUGGCAUCCGGAUGCCACCCUACAGCAUGUGCCUAGUGGGCGGUGGCUCUAUGUCGACCCCUGUGAGCCCAGCGUUGUGAUGCUCCACAACUCCUGCAAGAGUCGUUGGGAGGCGAUGCCAACGAUCUGA